AUGUCUUCCUCCCAAGAACACGGCGAGUUCGAGUUUCUCGACGGCUGGACUAGCGAUAGUGACAGUGACGACGGCGAGGCAGACUUCUCGCCCGACGAAGCGCUGCUGCUCAGUGAUCUUAUCGCGUCUGUCACCGAUAAGUAUGGCGCAGACGAGGAUGCAGAGACACAGACGGACAUAGACCAGCCGUCCUCGCCCGUACCUGAUAUAGAAGACCAUGAAUACCUGCGUCUGGCGCUGGGAGAGGCGGGUUCUCAACCUGGCUCGUUCGAGGAGUGUCCAUGGAGCGAGACAAGCCAACGGUACAAGAAGCUGUUUCCGCAGCGUAAUAUAGAACCCAGCGUUGAAAAGGAGGGAGAGAACCCUCCGCAGGAGCAGCAUACCUCCUCGCCUCUCGAACGCUUCAGACGACCGCCCAAAAAGGGCCUGUCGGUAUCUGACCUCGUUGCCCCCUCCUGGUGCGAGAUGCAGUUCUUCUACUCCCUGGCUGAACCCGAUCGGAGGAAGAGGACGCCCGCCAUGAAGCGCGGGACCGUCGUGCAUAGAAUACUAGAGAACGAAGUACAUGCCUCCGUGCCCGUCGCCGUCGUGUCCAGGGAAGAUGUCUGGGCCCUACGCAUAUGGAACGUUAUCUACGGCCUUCGGACGCUGCGGGAUACUGGCCUGACGCGAGAGAUGGAGGUAUGGGGUGUACUGGACGGAGAGAUAGUCACGGGCGUGAUUGAUUUGCUUUCCUUUGAGUGUCCGGAUCCAGAACUACGAGACUCGAUUGCGGAUAAGACGGAUUCGGGCGUUCGGUCGACCAGACGUCUUGUUAAGAGGGGGGGCUCGGAAGAGUAUUCGUUCUGCCCUCUUGAUGGGGAAGAAGAAAGAAGAUCAGGCAGUGUGUUGAGCAGCGGCGGCGGCAUUUAUCUUACAGAUGUCAAGACCAGGCUUGCGAGCGGCCGUGGUCUGCCGGGUGUUGAGAGCCCGUCGUUCAAACCUGCGCGGAUGCAGCUGCAGCUUUAUCACCAUCUGCUUUCCCGCCUGAUUGACUCGGAUGAUAUAACUAUCCAUGACAUUGCGGAGAGAUACUCGCUGAAACCCCAUGCACCGCUAUCAGAUGCCUUCCUGGCCCAAGUAGGCAGUAUCAACGACGACUACUUCGAUACCGAAGCCUGUUCGUGGACGCAGAGCCAGUCCGACGAUGCUGAUGAUGCUCCGUCCAGUUCGGACGCGAGUACGGCUCGACAGGACUCGUUGACCGUACUGCUUAAUCACAACUCCCUUUCUAACCUCUGGGAUCUGCUCAAGGAGAACCUCAGACUUACCUUUCUUCAAUCUCCAGAUGUUCAACCCAGAGCACCGACCCAGGACCAGGGUCAGACACAAACAACUCUCCUCUCACCCUUAUUAACAGUAGCAUACAUGUCUCCCGGCCAGAAAAGGCCAAACUCCCGCUCUCCAUCCCCAGCUACAGAGACGGAGACAGACACAGCCACGGAUGCAGGUGUGGAAGCAGAUGAAGACACGCCAACCCCUACGCAGCAGGGACACGGGUACAUACCCCAAGGCACACAGUCGUUCGUCUUUGAUCCGCAGUCAUUAUACCCCUAUCUAGCCCAUGGUAUCAGCUGGUGGCGAGGCAGGAGGCCUGCACAAGGCAUUCCCGUCUCCCAGGCCUGGAAGUGUCGGACAUGCGACUUUAACGAAACAUGUAGUUGGCGCCGGGAGAAGUUUGAACAGCAUAUGCAGAGAAUCCAGGAUAGAAAGGGUGCGGAGUGA